AAAUUGAGCCUGAUUUACAAAUAAUUCAACAACGAAUUCAAGAUAUAAUAAGAAUUCUCAAUGAUUUUGGGAACCUUGGAGAUCAUAAACGAGGAAGAUCUUCCUAUGUGGGGCAACUUAUUAAAGACAUGUCAAUAUAUUAUGGAUAUUCUGAGUUCUUGAUGGAAAAAUUAUUUCAUCUAUUCUCAACAUCAGAAGCUAUUGAGUUUUUUGAGGCAAAUGAAGUACCUAGACCAGUGACGAUUCGAGCAAAUACAUUACGUACACGUCGUAGAGAUUUAGCUCAAGCUUUAAUUAAUCGUGGUGUUAAUUUAGAGCCUAUAGGAAAAUGGACAAAAGUUGGAUUAACAAUUUACGAUUCAUCUGUACCAAUCGGGGCGACACCAGAAUAUCUUGCAGGUCAUUACAUGUUACAGGCAGCAUCAUCUUUCUUACCUGUUAUGGCAUUGGCACCUCAAGAAAAUGAAAAAAUACUUGAUAUGGCAUCGGCACCAGGUGGAAAAACAUCAUACAUGUCAGCGUUAAUGAAAAAUACAGGAAUAAUAUUUGCUAAUGAUUCAAACAAGGAUCGAAUAAAAUCUUUGGUAGCAAAUAUACAUCGUUUAGGAGUAAAAAAUGCUAUUGUAUGUAAUUACGAUGGACGUGAAUUUCCUACUGUUAUGGGUGGAUUUGAUAGAGUAUUAUUAGAUGCGCCUUGUAGUGGUACAGGUGUUAUAUCAAAAGAUCCAUCAAUUAAAAUUAACAAGACUAGUAAAGAUUUCACAAAAUUAUCUCAUUUACAAAAGCAACUUAUAUUAUCAGCAAUUGAUUCAGUUGAUGCUAAAUCACCUACAGGUGGAUAUAUUGUAUAUUCUACUUGUUCAGUAACAACAGAUGAAAAUGAAAAUGUGGUGAAUUAUGCUUUAAGGAAAAGGCCGAAUGUCAAAUUAGUUCCAACUGGUUUGGAUUUUGGUAAAGAAGGUUUUAUAAGUUAUCGAGGUAAACAAUUUCAUCCUUCGCUAACCUUAUCAAGAAGAUUUUAUCCACAUGUAAACAAUAUGGACGGAUUUUUUGUUGCGAAAUUUAAAAAAUUUUCAAAUAACUUUAAUAAUCUCAACAAUAAUAAUAAGAACGUUGUUGAUAAUGAUGAAGAUAAUGAUGUUCCAAAGAAAAAAUCUAAAAAUAAAAAUAAAAAAGAUGAAAACAUAAGCUUCGAUUCUGACGAAGAUAAUAAAUAUAUACAAGGUAAAUUAUGA